CUGGCAUCCGCUUCCGUCUCUCCAUGCUUCAUACGUUCUGUUGUCGGCUGAACCGGGCACUUUUACCCCUCUCGUUUCGUAAAUCAAGUCCUUCCUCGCGUGUUUUGGGUCGCUUGUCUGGUUCAGAAAACGCUUGUUCGGCCUUCUCGGAUAUUGCUUGAACUGACCUAGAAGACCACCCUUGGAAGGCCAACGCGGCAGUUGUGCCGGCGCCUGAGUCCCAACUCCUAUUGUGUCACCAAGCAUGUUUCAUGGCCUUUCCUCUCCCUAUUUUCUUUUCCCUUUUCUAUUUUGAGCCACUAUCCCUGUUUUCCGAGUCUGUUCCUCCCUUGCAAAGAAAGAAGUGGCAGAGUGGCAGCUACAUUGGUCUUCAUUGUGUCUCCCACUUGUAUCCUGAGCCUUGGUCGGAAUUCGGCACAGCCCGCUCAACAAUGCGGAGGACAAAACUGCACAAAAAAGUACGUACACGGUACAUAUACUUCCUCAGACUCUCCAUAAUGGCUGCUGUUCCCAAUUCAGAAGAGUGUUCGACUUUACAAAGAUCCUGGACAAGCCUAUUGUUCUCGAAAUACACACGAUGCCUAGGCACAAGUUCUUUGUCAUCUUCUUUGGGAUUGUCACGAACAUUAUGGAUGGGCAAAAUUAGCAUUCUGCUGGUCACUGUAUUUGCUUCAGAUAUUGCUCCGUCGUCUCCUUUCAGGAUACUGUUCCUCCAUGCCGCCUCUGUUCAUAGGGGUCGAAGAUAAUGGGAUCUUAACCGCUGUUGGUAUAUAUAAGACGGAUUCACGCCAAUUCUUCCUUUCGUCCCAGCACGCCGCCUUGCAAGC